AUGGAAAUAUUCAAAGUUUGUUUGGAUUAUUGGAAUUGGUUAUGUGCCGAGUUGUAUCGUGAGUUCCCAUUCCAAAUCGAUCGGCCACUGAUAAGCAGUUUCCCGAUUUUGAAUCGACAACAAGAACCACCGCGCCGUGCGCUCUAUAACAGUGUCCUUUCUGAAUUGCGAUUGGUGAUGAUUUCACGUAUGGCGAAGCCUGAAGAAGUGUUGGUGGUUGAGAAUGAACAGGGCGAGGUUGUACGGGAAUUGAUCAAAGACACUGAUUCAAUCACGCUGUACAAAACAAUGCGCGAAACGUUGGUGUAUCUGACACAUUUGGACUACAAGGAUACGGAAAUUAAAAUGACCGAAAAAUUGCAAAAUCAAGUGAACGGACGAGAAUGGUCGUGGAAAAAUUUGAAUACGGUAACAAAUUUGUUUAGCGAUGAUUUACAAUUAGAUAUUUCCAUUUUUGGAUGUCGAAUCUGGUAA